AUGGACUGGUCUUUUCUCGGGGACUUUGAUGCUAAUGACAUGGCUUCAGAGUUCAAUGACUUAAUCAACACCAAGUUCAGACAAUACUUUGAACUUGUUACUGUCAAACGAAGCCUGGGAAGUGACACCGGCCAGCAAAUCCGUCAUAUUGCUGGCAUCCGCAAGAAGCAGAUUAAUCUUUCAUCUGAGGGCAGAUCAGAUAUUGACAUUGCUAAUGAGCUAAGCACGCACUUCGCUGCCAUCUGCUCUUCAUUACCACCACUAGACAGGUGUGUUCUGUCGGCUUUUCUACCAGCGCCCUCACCCCCUCCUGUGAUCGACCGUCAGAGGGUUUAUAAACGCCUCUGUGGAAUCAGCACUGCCAAGGCCCGUCAUCCCAAUGACCCCCCUUCGCGACUGUUGAAGGAGUUCGCUUAUGAACUUUCUGAACCUUUGACCACCCUCUUCAAUCUUUGCAUCAGUCUGGGUUGCUUCCCUGACAUUUGGAAACAUGCAUCUAUCAGUGCUAUUCCCAAAACUAAUCCUGUUACCAGCUAUGAUCAGCUCCGGCCAAUCUCCAUAACGCCCACGUUAUCGUGUAUCUUUGAAGGUUUCCUCGCGGACUGGAUCAUGAGCAGCAUCCGCCCGUUUGUUGACCACCGCCAGUUUGGUAAUCUUCAUGGAUCGUCAGUUACGCACCACUUGGUCAGCCUGCUUGAUAACAUCCACAGAGGGCUUGACAAGGGUAGCACUCUCGCUAACCUUUGCGUCGUGGAUUUUUCUAAGGCGUUUGAACAAGUUGAUUGA